UCGCCCCGAAAGCGGCGGGGUAUGACUCGGGUAUUAUAUUCUUUUGUCGGGUUUUUUUAUGGGCAAGCAGGAUAUGGGUUCAGAUCAAGGGAUUAACGAGGACAUCCAAAUGGAGGGAGGAUCGAAAACUCGAAAAUAAUAAAGAUCAGGUUGGAGAGUUUGGAAGAAAUCAGAGAUGAUGUCAUCGGAGCCUCCCCCUUUCCAGGAAGCAGAGCGCUGCGACGUCUGCAAAUGCAGCUUUAAUACCUUCAGGCGACGGCAUCACUGCCGAAGUUGUGGGAGGACUUUGUGCAGUGAACAUUCAUCAAAUCAAAUGGCCUUACCACAAUUUGGCAUUCACUCAUUUGUUAGAGUUUGCACCGACUGCUUUAACCAUUCCUCUAGAUCUGGAAAAGAUGAUCCACAAGCUUCUUUAGAUGGAGUUGAUCGUGUAACAGAUACAGUUUCUAAAUUAGACAUAAGUGCUGAUGUAGAUUCUAAAGCUCGACCAACUGAAGAGCAUCGAUCUGUGUCAGUCAUUUCAGAAUGUAAGUGUGGAAUGCCUUUAUGCAUUUGUGAAGCUCCAGGCCCCCCGGCUGAUGCACUCGCUUUGCAGAGGAAAAUUGCGCCAAACAUUACUCCUCAAACGAAUCCAAAACCAAAGAAGGUGGACACCAUUCCCAGGAAUAGAGGUGCCACUUCUAGCAACAAGUUGAGUUCUGUUUUCAAUCUUGGUCAAGUGACCAAUGGUACUCUGAAUGAACCUCAGAUGGAUUAUGAACCCAAUGGGGAGGGCUUAAGAGAAGCUAUAAAGAAUGGUGACACUGCUGCAGUAAAGAAACUUCUGAGCGAGGGUGUGGAUGCAAAUUACCACGACAAGCAAGGAUUGUCUUUGCUACAUUUGGCGGCACUCUUUAAUCAAACCGACAUAGUUUUCAUCCUAAUGGAGUGUGGAGCAAGCAUGGAUUACAAGAAUGCACAGGGAGAAACACCAUUGGAUUGUGCUCCUGCCACUUUGCAAUACAAGAUGCGAAUGAAGAUGGAAGAAGGUGAGGCUCCCCAUCAGCAUAUUUGAGAGUUUUAUUCAUCUUGUCGUUUAAGAUAUCUGUUUCAAAUUCAAGAAAAUACUUGAUGAACUACUAAAUGGUCUUGUAUUAAAUAUUUACUGUUGUUUGCAUGGCGUGUUUAUCUGUACUGAAAGGUUUUCCUGUCAAACUAUAAAUUGGUCUUCUGUUUUCGAA